UCAAGUCAUUGCAUUCUCUCAGGAUUUUCGUCAUGUUUACGUCAGUGUAAACAGUUUAAUGCAUGCUAAUGUCUACCAUGGUACGUCAUUUGACAUUUUAAUGGCUGUCCGAAGCAUUUAUUUAAAUUAUCCUGGACAUUAAUGAAACAAUAGCGUCCUUUAGAGACACAAAUUAAAAGCCUGACGUUACAGCGACGCCAGUCAAUUUUCUGAGCGUCCUUUAUUCACCCUUAGUGGAUAAUAGUGGAUAAUAGGUAAAUACUGACGGCGGCGAGCAGGUGAGUGCUUCAUGUCUCCGACGUCGCUCUGUCGGCCUCCGUGUAUGGCAAGCCGUUAGAAACAAUAAUACCCCGUAUAUUAACGUGUUGUAAAUAGCCGGAUGCGACGUUUGUUCUCGCAGCCAGACUGAGUAUCUCAACGGCUUGCCGUGCCUGCAAAGGUGUUAGCCUGGCUGAGGCGAUGCGUGGGUCGGCUGGAGGUGAACAUUUGGUUUAGUGACCUCCGCUGCCGCGCCUCCACGGAGACGACGGCCGACCUUGAGGACUCCGUCAUGGACCUGACGCGGCUGGCUGUGGAUGCUGGCCAGUUCAUAAACCGAGCUGUUCAGUACACCGGAGAGAGCCUCGGCCAGGCGGAAAAGACCGAGCUGGACUCCGGGCUGGAGGAACUCCUGGCUCAGGCGGACGCCACCAAGACCUGGACGGACUCGAUCAUUUCUCAAACCGAGGUGCUACUGCAACCUAGUCUAGGAGCUCGAUUAGAGGACCGCCUGUACGAGCAUCUGGAAUGGAGCGCCCCUCCUCGACCCCAUGCUCACGAGUUACUGGGGGAUCAAAUGACCCAGGCUGGGCUGGAGAUCGGAUCGAACACACCCUACGGAACAGCUCUGAUAAGGUCCGGCGAGGUCCAGAAGCAGCUGGGAGAAGCCGAGAGGAAGUUUGCAGAAUGCACAAACAUUCACUUUCUCACCCCGCUGAAGAGUUUCACAGAGGGUGAAUACAGAGCCAUCCAGAAUGAGCAUAAGAUGUUGGUGAACAAGCGUUUGGACUUGGAUAUAGCCAAGACCAGGCUGAGGAAAGCGCAUGAAGCAGACAGAGAGGCCCGGAACCUGAAUGCGAACCCGUUGGAUGAUGACUACCUGUCUCACGUUUCCUACAUGUUCAGCUUCCUGCGUGUUAAAUGGCUUAAGAUAUGGGCUCAGGAAAUCUCUCAGGCGGAGAUGGAGCUGAGGAUCUGUCAGAGUCUUUUCGAUCGGCAGUCAGAAAUCACAAGACGGGCUCUUGAAGGAAUCAGCAACACUCAUAUCAACCACAUGCGGAGCCUUACGGACUUUGUGGACGGUCAGGCGUCAUUUUUCGCUCAGGGCAACCAACACGCUCAGGAACUGCAAAGACAGAUGUCCAGGAUUCGAGCUGUCUUUUGCUCUAAUAACUGGCAAUCAGCAGUUAAUAACGAGCCACCAAUCAGCAGCCAUGUUGUCGGUGAGCCUGUCGGGUUGGAUCAGGUCACUGCGGUUCCCAAAGUAGUUCGCCAGCUACCAGACUUUGACCAGGACUCGUGGACUCUUGCUAUCGGUCCAAAAACUGAAACAGAUCUCUCUUCAUCUGAUCACACAAACAACAACAACAACAACAACAGCGCCUUCAGUACUUCCGGUCAAUCAAGCGGUCACCAACCAGCUGUUAAAAAUCAGUUAUUGACAGACCAAACAUUUGAUCUUGUAUUUACAUCCAGCCAAUCAGAUGAGCUUUCUUCACCCAGCAGGACAAAUCAGGGAACAAACAGUUUGCCUUCUGCUGUGAGAGACUCUACCCGGACUUUCAAUGCCACUUUUACCGAUGGUGCCGCUAGUUUCACAACAGCAGUCGCGUCGCCUCCUCCUCAAGGAAGUACCAUCCAAAAUGAGACUCAGACGGGAGACGCCGUAGCUGCUGACAUCACAGCAUCCACUGAUGUGGUUCCUGAUUCCCAAGCAGCCAAUGAAACUCAUGAGCGGCCAGUCACCAAUGGAGAAGAUGUCUAGUUGGGGUUGUGACAAUUUAGAGCACUUCACAGUUGGUUCUCACAAUAUCAUAUAUAAUAUAAUAAUAUAAUGGAGCUACUGCUCUAUUUAGAGGACUCAAACAUUAGUUGUGCCAAGCUGGGUUAAUUAUCCUUAUGAAGACUCCAUCGUAAUUGUAAAAGUGCUUGUUUUAGAGGGCUCAUGUCAUCGUUUUUACAACUUUUUUUUUUCUCAGUUGUGUUUUGGAUAGUUAUAUUCAUUUCAACGUCAAAGACAAAGCAGCUGGAUUUUUCCAGAUGUUGCAGAGGGAACACAAAAUUGACACAUGUGCCACCCAAGAAGAUCAGAGUGACACCAAGGUCUUCAGCUAGGAUGCGAGUUCAUAAAGCAAAGAUUUAUAUAUGGAUUUGUCCAGUGAGGAGAUGGAAGUCAGCAGAAAUAUUGUCAGAGAGUAUUAGCUUGAAGACCUAACUGACCGGCUCCUUACUCCAAGAUUUAAAAGUGCUCUACAGCAAGCAUGUGCAUUUCUGCUCCAGCUUUGACCAACAUUGUCACUAUGAUGCAAAUGGGUGUCAGCAAAUACAAAUUUCACGACUGUGUCGACAGCUAUAAAGUGGUUGUGUAAAAAAUUAGAGAUAAUGAAUGAAAUUGGCUGAAGAUCUCAUUUUUCUACACAUAAUUAGCCUCUGUUUUAAAGGGGGCUUCCCAUCUGUCAUGGAACUAAAAUUAUGUUAGUCUGCCUGCAGCUAGUUAUCUUACAACAUGUGUGGUCAUAUAAAGUCACUUUAAUCCAGUUCUACAAAUGGUGACUGGAGGGGAAGUUUAAAAUGCUCAUACAGAAUCUGUCAUUCAUUUGGCUCGGACACUGAAAAAAGUUGCUGCUCCAAAUAAUUUUUGUGGAGAACAUAGAGAAGAUUUAAUAAGAUUGGAGACAUCAGCAAACAUUUCAUACUUUCAUCAGUGGUAACAUCUGAGGUAAAACAACUCUUUGUUGCAUGAGAAACUUUAUGCUCACAAACGACAGCUGCUGUCACCAUGAUGGUCAGCCUAAUGACUCUACUAGAGCUAUCUGUGGUAGAGACAGCUCUACUAGAGAUAGUAAAACCUUAAAACCUUCCACAGGCCCAGGUUUUUUUUAAUGCAAUUAUAAGUGUAUAACCACUUCAGACACGCGAUUUCAUAGGCUUUUGUUGCGUCCAAAAAUAAAAAAAUUUAAUUACCCGUUUUGACGAGCAAUAGAAAAGCUGAUGAUCAUUUUUGUAUAUUUAACAAUGUUAAGAUUUUGAGCUUUUCUUGCUCUAAGUUGAUGAUGAUACAGUAUUUGCCCUUUAGCCUUGAUUUAGUGCCAGAAUAAAUGAAUUUAAAUGUAGCCAUAUAUAAUAGAUGUUUCAUAUUUAAGAGACAAAAAAAAACUGGGUUGACUGUUACAGUGUAAAGUGGAAACUAAGUCUGUAUUUUCACAGACAAUCACCAAACGUAUCAAGUGUUGUGCCAAUUGUACAUGUGUGUAAAUGUAGUUGUAGAGAUUGUAUCACUUUAAAGAGCUACUUACUGUAUGUCUCUUCUUUACUCGUGUUUCUCUGAGGUGAGAUUGUUUUCCAUAUGAAAGGCUCACUUGUGUUCAUGUGUUGCAGAGCCCAAGAGGUGAAAACACGCUAGCCUCAAAUGAAUCUUUAUGCUUCUUUACACACAAACUUGGCUCUUUCUUUAUAUAUGUUGCCCAGUCAUUUCUUUUCACCACUUUAAUUUUCUUAAAGCCUCUUUUAUUGUGAAAUGGAUAAAAGUUUCCAUAUCCAGAUGUUGAUUUUCUUCUGCGUUUCUGUUUUGUUAGGCCAAUUUUGGGACCCUAAAACGGACAUGCUGAUGUAAUCUCCUACACCAAAAGCAACACUUUUGUCCCAAUGCACAAAUAUAUCUGGGGCUGGACAGUAAUAACAUUUCUCCUCUAAUGCCC